GCACGCACGCUUUCCUUCCCAUCUUAUCUUUACCUCUUCCUAGCAAACUUGGUAUCACAAAUUCCAUUAAUCCAAUUGCUUUUUACCAAUCAAUUCCCCAAAAUCCCUAUCCUCUCCAAAACCCUAAAACUCUCUUCUCUCUUCUCUUCCCAACCUACCUUCAAUGGACGCCCAGCUUUCUGCCCCGGAAAUCGCGUCUCAGCCGCUCUCUAGCUCCCCAGUGGCAGGCCAUGCUUUGAAAGCUAAUGAAACUAGUAAAACUGGUGAUAAUGAGACUGGUGAGAUGAAGUUUGGAACAGCGCCCGAGAAGCCACUUGUGGCUGACUCAGAGGAAGAAAUUCCGACCCUAGUGAAGGAUAGCGAUGCCUCUCAUGUCCACUCUGAUGGUUCAAAUGUGAUUUUGAAAGAGGACUCGCUUGGGGCUGUUGAUAAUGGUUUAGAGGGAUUUAGAGGUCAGGGUUUGAUGGAAAAGCUUGAUACUGAAGGUGUUGGUUAUGGAGAAAAGGAGGACAAGGAAAUGGGCUCGAUUGGUGGUGCUAACCAAUCUGUUUUAGCAAUGGAAAGCAGAGAGGAAGGUAGGAUUGGGAUGGUGGAGAAUAAUUCGAUUUUAGGUAGUGGAGCUAAACAGGCCUAUCCUGUGGUUGUAGAAGCAGCUGAUCAUAAGGUGGUUGAAGCAGAUAUUUUGAAAUUUUCUUUUGGAGAGGACUUGGUUGUUGAUGCAACACCUUUAGUUGGAGAUGUUUCAGAGAGUAAGAAAUCUGAGAUUAAGGGGACAGAGGUGGUUCCGGUUUCUGGGAGUGCGAGCUUGGAUAAUGGCUUUGAUCAGAUUAGUCAUAAUGAUAAACAUGUUCUGAAUGUCUAUCCUGUGCCUGACAAGAAUAUUGAGCCUGUUGCCACCAAUAGAAUUGAUACUGCUGAGCUUUUGGCUUGUGAAAAGAAUGCUGACUUUGAUGCUGAGAAGAAAGCUGAUUCUGCUAGCGGGGGCCCGCUUACAAAACUAAAUGACCUCCAAGAGGAGGAAGUUAUAGAUGUGUUGCAACAAGCGAGUAGUGAGAAUAUAGAUGAAGGGGGUGGAGAUGGAAGUCAGACAGUGGGUCGUUCUGCUCAAGGUAUACAGUUGAUGGCAGCUCAUGGAACUGAGAAUUUUGAUAGUGAUUCUCAAAGCAGAAGAUUGGUAGAAGAAUCUCAUUCUCCCAAGUCUGCAGAGCUAACUACAGUUUCUAAAGCAGAAGUUAGCUUUGAAGGUGCAGAAGAAGAAGAAGAAGAAAACCACCAUCAAGAUGAAGAAGGUGAAAUUGAAGGCUUGGAUACUGACGGAGAGACUGAAGGUAUGAUCUUUGAGAACACUAAAGCUGCCAAACAAUUCUUGGAGGAGCUAGAACGAGGAUCUGGCUUUGGUUCUCACUCAGGCGCAGAUAAUUCUCAUGAUCAUUCUCAGAGAAUUGAUGGUCAGAUUGUUGUUGACUCAGAUGAAGAAGUGGACACUGAUGAAGAAGGUGAGGGGAAGGAGUUAUUUGAUUCUGCUGCUUUGGCAGCCCUUUUGAAAGCCGCAACUGGUUCUGGUUCCGAUGGUGGUAACAUCACUAUAACUUCUCAAGAUGGAUCCAGGCUUUUCUCUGUUGAGCGUCCUGCUGGUUUAGGAUCCUCACUCAACAAUGCAAAACCUGCACCCCGAUCAAACCGACCUAACCUAUUCACUCCUUCCGCUGUCACGAGUGGGAGAGGCUCUGACAACAACUUGACUGAAGAAGAUAAAAGGAAACUGGAAAAGUUACAAUUGAUAAGAGUCAAAUUCUUGAGGCUUGUUCAGAGGCUAGGACAUUCUCCAGAAGAUUCUAUAGCAGCACAGGUUCUAUAUAGACUGGCACUUGUUGCAGGUAGGCAAACUAGUCAACUGUUUAGCCUUGAUUCUGCGAAGAGGACAGCUCUGCAACUUGAAACAGAGGGUAAAGAUGAUUUAAACUUCUCAUUGAACAUACUUGUUCUUGGGAAGAUUGGGGUGGGCAAGAGUGCUACAAUAAAUUCAAUCUUUGGUGAGGACAAGGUCUCAGUUCACGCAUUUGAACCUGCCACUGCAGUUGUGAAAGAGAUUACAGGAACAGUAGAUGGUGUUAAGCUCAGGAUCAUUGAUACCCCCGGUCUGAAAUCUUCAGCCAUGGAGCAAGGUGCCAACCGCAAGGUCCUAGCUUCUAUAAAAAAUUUCAUAAAGAAGUGUCCCCCUGAUAUUGUACUCUAUGUUGAUCGGCUGGACACCCAGACCAGGGAUCUUAAUGAUCUGCCAUUGUUAAGAUCAAUCACUAAUUCUCUUGGCUCUUCUAUCUGGAAAAAUGCCAUAGUUACCUUGACUCAUGGUGCUUCUGCACCUCCAGAUGGUCCAUCUGGCUCACCUUUGAGUUAUGAGGUGUUUGUUGCCCAACGUUCCCAUGUUGUUCAACAAUCUAUUGGUCAGGCUGUUGGUGAUCUGCGCCUGAUGAAUCCAAGUUUGAUGAAUCCAGUUUCUCUUGUUGAAAAUCAUCCUUUGUGUCGAAAGAAUAGAGAUGGCCACAAGGUGCUUCCUAAUGGUCAAACUUGGAGACCUCAGCUAUUGCUGUUAUGCUACUCUAUGAAAGUCUUAUCUGAAGCAAGCUCUCUUUCCAAACCUCAAGAUCCAUUUGACCAUCGGAAGCUCUUUGGUUUUCGUGUCCGUUCUCCUCCUCUUCCAUACUUGUUAUCUUGGCUGUUGCAGUCUCGUGCCCAUCCUAAACUCUCUGCUGGUCAGGGUGGUGAGAAUGGUGACUCAGAUAUUGAUAUGGCUGAUUUAUCUGAUUCUGAUCAAGAAGAAGAUGAGGAUGAGUAUGAGCAGCUCCCCCCUUUCAAGCCUCUCAGGAAAGCUCAGCUUGCUAAACUUAGCAAGGAGCAGAGGAAGGCAUAUUUUGAGGAGUAUGAUUAUCGGGUGAAACUCCUCCAGAAAAAGCAGUGGAGGGAGGAGUUGAGAAGAAUGAGAGAGAUGAAGAAGAAAGGAAAGCCUGCUGUUGAUGAAUAUGGUUAUAUGGGGGAAGAUGUUGAUCAGGAAACUGGAGGUCCAGCGGCUGUACCAGUUCCGUUACCUGAUAUGAGCCUGCCACCUUCCUUCGAUGCUGAUAAUCCAGCUUACAGGUACCGAUUUUUGGAACCAACUUCUCAGUUCUUGGCAAGGCCAGUUUUGGAUACUCAUGGUUGGGACCAUGAUUGUGGAUAUGAUGGUGUUAAUAUUGAACAUAGUCUAGCAAUUGCCAGUCAGUUUCCUGCUGCAGUUGCUGUUCAACUCACAAAGGAUAAGAAGGAAUUUAACAUCCAUUUGGAUUCUUCGGUUUCUGCCAAGCAUGGGGAAAAUGGAUCAAGCAUGGCUGGCUUUGACAUCCAAAAUGUCGGAAAGCAAUUAGCUUAUAUUUUCAGAGGUGAGACCAAAUUCAAAAAUCUCAAAAAGAAUAAAACAGCUGCUGGCUUUUCUGUCACAUUUUUAGGUGAGAAUGUUGCAACCGGGUUCAAACUUGAGGAUAAUAUUGUUGUUGGAAAGCGGCUGGUGUUGGUUGGUAGCACUGGGAUUGUUAGAUCUCAAGGUGAUUCAGCAUAUGGAGCCAACCUAGAAGUGCAGCUCAGAGAUGCAGAUUUCCCAAUUGGCCAGGAUCAAUCCUCUUUGGGUUUGUCUCUAGUCAAAUGGAGAGGGGACUUGGCAUUGGGUGCCAACUUUCAGUCUCAAUUCUCUGUUGGACGGAGUUCAAAGAUAGCAGUUCGUGCAGGACUGAACAAUAAGAUGAGUGGGCAGAUUACCGUUCGAACAAGUAGUUCAGAUCAGCUUCAGAUUGCACUCACUGGUAUUCUUCCUAUUGUCAUGGCAAUUUAUAAAAGCAUCCGUCCUGGGGUUAGUGAGAACUAUUCCAUGUAUUAGGUGCUGUAACAAUUUUUCCCACCUCGAAGAGCUGCCGUUACGUUACCUUGGGAAAUUUGUCCAAACGCAGAUUAUAUUGGAGGCAUUUUUAAGUCGUGCUCACCUUUCUGUAAUUCUUACAUUGAUUUGAGCAUGAACUACUGCUAUGAUGAGCUCUAUUUUAUUGCAUGAUAAAUGGUACGAGGCAUGAGUAUCUUGUUGUUUCUUUAGCAAUUUUGAUUAAUAAUAAGGUUUAUAAAUGAAUGAUUGCUGUUUAGCAGAGGAAACUAAUUGCAAAGAUCCUUAUGGUUAUUUAGGGAAACUUUAUACUGCCCUGCAAUAUAAUGUAACAACAUGUUUUAUUUUU